AUGUGGUUGUUGUCUCUCCUCAGCCACCAAAGCUUCCUGUAUGACUAUAACAAUGGCCAUGGGAAGGAUAAGGAAGAGGUGGAUGAAGAUGCUCAUGAUUCAGAGGCUAAGGUGGUGAGCCUGAGAGUAGUGGAGAUACAAGGGUGCUCCUGUUUGUUUCAAUUAGAAGAUAACUAAGAACAGAAACAGGUACACUUACCAGGAAGCUGCCUGACCCUAUGGGAAGUGUGGUUUGUUGACAAAGAGAAAGAAUGUAACAAUCUGCAAUGGAAAGCUCUGGAGGAAUUAAAACAACAGCUAGAAAAAAAAAAAAGAAAAGAAAUGGAAGAAUGUAAAAGAAGAAAGGUAAUUGCUGAAGAAAAACACAAGGAAUGAGUUCAGAAAAAGAAUGAACAGAAAAGAAAAAGGAACAAAAUUAAUAAAGAAAUGGAGGAAGAAGCAACAGAACUGGAGAAGGAACAUUUGCAAGAAAAGGCAAAAGAAAAAUAUUAUGAAUGAUUAAAGAAUGUGAGACGAUAGAAAAGGAAAAAGAAAAUGGCAAGCUGAAUAUCAAGGGGAAAAAAGGAAAUAGCAGGAAAAAAGUUUAAAGAGUCAUUGGAAAAUGAAAAAAAAAAUAAUAAACCCUGUCUAGCUGCAGAAACCUAUGGUUAAGCCAAUGGAAAACUUACAGAAUCCUACAGUGGAAAUUCUGAUAAAGAACCAGCCUUUUAUAAUCUGGGUCCAUGGAAACCCAUCCAUAUGUCUCCUUCCAAAGAAGAAGAUCUAUGAGUAAAUAAUACUAAAGAGUUUGUGAAGAGUCAGCCAGGGAGAUCAUCAUCUCUGGUGGUUCAGAGGGUAAGAAGCAGUCUUUGCCUUGGAACUCUGUACAGAAUACAAAGAUAG